CUUUUCCAUAGCGACGUCAUUCCUCUUUAACAAUCGCACAAUGCCGCCGCGGGGUAAAAUUGAACGCUGUCCAAAGCACCCAAGAGCAUCAAGCAGCUUCGACUGACAACCUCACUCAGAGUCAGCGCGUCGUCAGCUCGUGUGACAGCGGGAAGGCGGCUUGCCAGUGUGUUGUCUCGAAAACAAACGCGUUUGUCCACACGAUCACCAUCACCAAUAUGCUAAUAUCAUUGGGCCCCAUUGCCUAGUGCCCUUCCCGUCCUGCAGAUACGGGGAUCUGCUGUUUAUAUACGCGACUAACAAUUUGGUGAACCAGCCUUAUUACACAUUGCCGCCAUCUCGCUGCUUUCCUUCGUUUUCCCAGUCUUCAUCCCUGAUUUCAGCCUCGUCGUGUAAGAGUCGUUCCGCGCGUCACACGUACUCACUGUUCGACAUGCUGCUGUUUUCACCGCCACGAUGCGACGCUCUUCUCAAUCACGGAUCAGCAAAACAAACGGGCUCAAUGUUUAGGCGUUUCUCGGUUCCGCUCUGGCCAUCUACCCCAACUGCCUCCAUUCCUCUCUCACCACGCGCACCCAAGCAGAAGACUGUCCGUCCCUCACCACCACCACGGAAAGGACACCAAAUGCCAAAAGAAAAGUCUACCACCGACAUGUCACACCAGCCCGGCACUCCGCGAUCGUCUGCCUUUUCACCUACGCUCGGAAGCAUUCCAGAAGUCUUCGAAUACGAAGCUCUCGACGCGAAAUUCGGUCCUGUCUCACUCAACGACGCGCCAGAGACACCAGAUGUUUUCUUACCCGAGGCGUCGAGCAUGUGCCCACCCACGCUUACCCGAGCGUCAUCCUGGCCGGCAAUUAUCCAGUCGCCUUCUCGAAGAGUCGCAUCGCCUUUCGCGGUAUCAAAGGCACUGCGCAGCAUCCUUGAAGCCGAUCGGGCGCGACGAAGGCGAAUUAUGAAAGCUUACCUGAAAGCUAUUGUUUUCCUCAAGUACUUGUGGCGCGCUAACGAGCGUUACGGCAACGUCAUGGUUACGACUGGCAUGUAUAUGCAACGAUGACCGCGGUAUGAAAAAGUUGGAAUUGAUUGGAAUUUUGGCAUGGAAAUGACGCAACUGACACGACAUCAAUGUAUUAUGAUUAUGGAUUUAUGGUUUAUGAGGACGCGAUUGCAUGGCCUUGACGGAUGGAUAGCCGCUGGCGUUUGCAUAUGGACGGCGUUCAAUACCUGGGUGAGCGUUGCUAUCACGGUU